AGUCGUGUCCCGGGGUGAGGCAGGCCGAGGAGUUGGCGCCGGGGUAUGGUGGUGAGGUGAGGUGUGAGUAAGUGAGGCGCUGUGGCGCGUUGUCCUAGUGCACGGGGGACCUUUCUGACGCGGGGAGACGGCUCGGGCUCUCCAUCGAACUAGUGACUAGUGUUCUUGUUGCGCUUUUCUGCUGGCAGAAGGUGCAGGAAGUUUAACUUUCGUGCAAAAGUUAGAAAUUAAGGAGUCAAGUGCCUUCAAGUACCCAGAAAUAUCCUUCGACGGUACCUCCUCUGGCUCAGCCCGUCCUUCUUUUCUCAGAGAACAACUUCAUGCAUAGUUGUAUUCAAAACAUUCCGGUUCAUCAGAAGCUAUAUUUUUAUCUCACUUGUUCUUACUUUACAUCCCAUGUCUAAAGCUUCCGUGGAAGAAGAAGCGAGCAAGCCCCCCAACGCCUCGCCCAACAACAGGAUGGCCUUCCAAUGAAGUACACUCCAGCAUAGAUAGCAUUGCGUAAGCCUGAGGAUCUUCGAUACUGGCAGUUACCCUGGUGCAAUUGGAUAUAUUUCGUGCUCCAUCCCAUUACGGCGGCGCUCAUCUGUGUCUACAGUGAGAGGAAGCCUUAUCAAGUCGAUAUCGAAGCCCCAUCGCUAGCCCGGAUAGUGAGCAGUAGGGGAGCUGUGUAGUAUGGAGUCCUGGACUGCACUCUUCCUCACCGUGUUCCUCAUCUACGUGGCUUGCACGCUCUCUGUAUUCUACGAUAUAUUCGUCUAUUUCUUUGAGUGAUGGAUAUGGUCCAAAUAAUUGUUGUGCAAUAUAGGUACUGGAUAUUAUGAAGCACGAGACACAAUAAGGAAGGGGACGCGGUCGAUUUGUUUUACAGAAAAUAAGACUUUUAGUGGAAAUAAUUGUGGUGUUGCUGGAAGCAAUAUGGCAGGUUUACAGACGUACAUUCGCCCGGUGCUGCUGCUCAUGAGUGCCGUCGAGACGUCGAUGCUCCACCUGGGAAACAUCAUGUGGUAUCAGACGAAGCUCAGCCUCCAGGAGAUGUACUCGGGAAUCCAGUCCCGCGCCGCGGGGGCUUACCAGGAUGCCCGGCGGCGAGCCAGUGUGGUCUACGAGGACAUGCAGGAGAUGGCAGGGGGCACCUACAGCGUCGUCCAGAGCCGCACGUCCGAAACCUGUCAACAGUUCUUCAACAGAGUUAAUCUGGUUUACAUCCAGUGUCAGUUGAAGGUCAACCUGGCCCUUCACCGGUGCCAGUUGCAGCUGAGCUUGGCUUACAAAGACACAAAGGCUUGGCUUGGGCAGAGAGCGCAGCAGCACCUAGGAGUGCACUUAAAGAAUGCGCAGCAGAAAGUACUAUUGAUGCAUAAGUGGACGAAGAUCAAGGUGACGAGGUGGAAGAAGGCUGCGGCUGAGACUGCCAAGGUAAACCUCGAGCGCAUGAGCCUCAAAGCGAGGGAAUACGAGGACGUACUCGACCAGAAACUUCGCAAGCUCAGCCGCUCGCCCUCCACCAAGAAGCUGCAGGCGCGAGAAGAUUCUCAGACUGUAACUCGGACUUCGGUGACGUCAUCACAAUCGUCCAUCUCCGCCAAUGAGGACGCCAGACAUUCAGAGGAGGCGGAGCCUACUAAAGAUGACGACAGGACCUACCACAAGGACUCGUACAUGGCCCACCGGCGGGACUGGAAGACCGGCUUCGAGGGUCGCUACAGGAGGACCAUCUCGCCCUCCGCCGCCAACCGCAAUCUUCUCUACUCCCGCGAUGACAACACCAACAACAACCACAACAACAACAAAAACAACAACGACAAUACCAACAACAACAUCAACUCGCCUCCGUCUUCCACCUCGACGACGCCCGGCAGCGCAGCGACCAGGACCAGCCCCACGCCGCCCCAGGAGCAGGAGCGGAGGAGCUCGACCACGCCCCCGUCGGGAGUCCUGCGCCCCGUCGGCUCGUCCUCCAGCCUCGUCCAGAACAACAACUCCAAGAAUGUGAUUGACAACGACAACAACGUCAAUAACAAUGGUUGGGCAGGCCACGCGCGGUCUACUUCAACGACCGUCAGUUUCACAGCAGAGGAACUGCGGGCGUUCAAGGCUCGACGCGCCCACGCCCACACGCAGGAGGCUUCAGCUCACAGUUCCGACAACAAGGAGAACGCGCCUCGCCCGCUGCACCCAUCCCAGUCGUCGCCCUCGCUCUCCUCCUCGACGGCACUGCGCUCUCUCGCCAGCGAGGGCUCCACCACCUCCCUGGCCAGCGGCGGCGCCGGCUCGUCCUUCACCUCGGGGCGCAGUGGCUCCCCUGCGUCGCCCGCGAAGCUCAGUCCAGCGCACUCGUGGCGGACGUCGCUGGACUCCCUGCACCGCCCUCCCCUGUCGUCCCCCUCGCCUCCAGCCACUGCCACGGCCUCUAGCGACGCGCCCUCCAGCUCCCCGCGGCCCAUCACCCGCGCCACCAGCCUCGCGGAUCCACUCAACAAGGAGGAGGCGGCGGCGGCAGCCAUGUCCGGAAGCGUGUCCCAGGAGGCGCUGCACCUUCCCUCGACCUCAAGCGUCAGCGAGUCCCUGAACCGCAUCGCCGCCAUAAGUGAUUCCCUUAGUCGAUCCACCAGUGUAACCGAAUCCUUGUGCCGCUCCACGAGCCUCACGGAGACGCCCACGUCCACGCACUCCCGCGCCAGCAGCGUCAGUGAGGUUCCUACGUACCUGUCUAGUCCUCCCGCCGCCCCCGCCAGCAGCACGCCCGCGGCCCCAUCUUCACCCACGUCCCCGGUGCCUCACGACGGCCCCGUCACGGCCCACCCGGCCACCGUGACGGAGGAGCCCUCGCCCAGGCCCUUGCUCAGCACACCCAAGGCGCCGUCCUCGCCCAAGUCCCCGCUCUCCACCAAGUCUCUCUCGUCCAAAUCCUCACUCUCGCCCACGCCCUUGUCUCCCACUUCGCCUCUCUCCCCCACCACCUCCAAAGCUCCCACGUUCCCUUCCUCCUCAGCCUCCACGACGGCGUUUUCCACAACGACCACCACUGUCUCCUCCACCUCCUCCUCCUCCUCCACUUCCUCCACUGUCACGAACAGCACCCCCUCGUUCCCAGUGACGUCGCCCUCCAUGUCUCCCACGUCCUCGUCAGCAGACAAGUCCAACAUCGUGGUCUUGGGCUACGGGCGAACGCGGUACCAGGAGGAAAUCGACUGUGAUCAGCUGUCGAAGGACUACGCCCCUCACCUCCUCCUCGACACGAAGCUCCGGGCCUUGCUUGCACCUGGUCCAGAGCACAAGACUGCAGCCUACUACAUGCAGGGUGUGUUCACGCUGGAGUUGAGGAAGGACCUUAUCAACAGCACCCACGCCCACCACCCGGACCUUAGCAACCUCCACACGCCCAAGACCAUGGCGCCCAACAACACACACAGCCACACCACCCCCGCCUCCCCACCCGCAACCAACGGCGACGCCACAACCUGCCUAAACACAACGAGUGACAAGUCUCCACUGCCAGCUGACUCCGCCUACUUCACCACGUCGGAGAGCAAGGCCAAGCUCCUGACGCGGCUUCGGGGGAGCGGAAAUAACCUCCAAGACACCAUCACGCCAGUCACCGACCACCAGCAACUCCUGAAGAGGAAGGAGGAGCUGGUGGCGAGCAUCGGCCGGAAGCUGGAGAUCCUGCGAGCCGAGCGAGAGGCCAUCAAGGAGGAGAUGCGCCUCAACCAGGAGCUGGGCGCCGAGGUCACGCAGGAGGUGGAGGCCCGGGCCAGCCUGGCCGAGGCGGAAAAGUACAAGCUCCACGUGGAGGAGAUCGACAAAAUCACCUCGCUCCUCCUGGGCCUCUCCGGGCGCCUGGCGCGCGCUGAGAACGCCCUCCUGAUGCUCGUCAAGGAAGCCGACCCCGAGGAGAAGCGUAUUCUUGAGGGUAAACGUGACAAGCUGCGCGACCAGCUGGAGGAAGCGAAGAGGCUCAAGGAAAACACAGACAGAAGAGCUAUACAGGUCGCAAAGGUGCUAAAUCAGUACUUGAGUGAAGACGAGUAUGCAGAUUACGACCACUUCAUCAAGAUGAAGGCCAAGCUCAUCAUGGACGCCAGGGAGAUCGACGACAAAAUCAAGCUGGGAGAGGAGCAGCAGCAAGCUCUGGUGGAAACCAUGUGUUGCAAAAAUCCGUGAAGGUCUGGUCUUCAUGUGGCGGAAGUGUUCCUGUGGUGUGAACUUCACUAAACUCUGCAGCUGUGAUCUGAAAUUCCAAACAUUAGUCGCGUUGAUAGUGAGGAAUGCAUCACUGUCAGUGUCGAAACCGUGAACAGUUAUGGAAAAUACAUUUUGUUUAGGAAUUUACAAGAGGCUGUAAAAAGAUUAUAUAUAUACAUAUAAAUAUAUAUAAAUAAUCAGGAUAUAAGAUAGCAAGCUAACAAGAGACAGUAUUUGACAGCUCAUGUUCUUCUGUUAAGAAGGUUACUUCUGGACAAAUUACUUGUUGUUAGAGCUUGUCUUUCUCCUGCGUGUGCUUACUGUAGCCGAAGAUUUACAGUUUUACAUAUGGACAUGUGUAAAUGCAAAAAAUAUAAGAUGCAGUUUUGAGUACCUUUGAGUUCUAUGUAUUAAUGUGAACAUGAGGAAUAGAUGUCCUGAAAUUAGCAUAUUACAUUGUUUCCUCGAUAUUUUUCGGUAUACAGACAGGUGCUGUUAAUGACAACGAGGAAUGAUUCUUUAUGCUGGCAUUUUCUGAACUGUGUCAUUGUUGAUGAUAUUGUGAUCUAUUUCCCAAUAUUUAUUUAUGUGCGAAAGUUUAAAGUGAUAAGUAUUGGAUAAAGCACAUAAACUGUACAUUGUAGCCAGAGUUUUAUUUGAGGAUACUAGUGCGAGCAGCAGCACUGUUAUUGCUGCAGAUGUAACUUAAACAUUUAGUGGGCACUUAUAUGAAGUCUGCAAGGAAUGGGCAUACAUACUAUGUAAUGUUAGGUUAUUUAAUAUCACAAUUUAUUGUCCUGAGGCUUUCUUUAGGUUUAUAUUCUGACAGUGCAAUGAAUGUCAUGGCAAUACCUACUCAAAUGCACAUUUGAGUUUGUAGUAUACUUGUGUUGAUGAAUAAAAGCAAAACAAAACACGGCUCGCCUUUCAUCUUCACGAUUGAAGGUAGAGUUUGUGUCGCUGGAACAGAUAUCACAUCCCUGGACUGAGUGAGGAGCAAUAGAACAACAGCAAUGGAGAACGCCUCGUGCCAUUUGGAGGAAAAAGAUCAUUCUUCUCUCUGACGUAUCAUACUUUAUCCAUAGUAUGAAUUCCCAUCUCGGGUCUCAGUUUGAACUUUGCUAUGUUAUGACUUUCUGUAAUCUCUUUUAUAUACAGUUGAUUAUUCUGUGAUGCUUGUCUGCUUGGUGUGUUUGGGUUAUUUUUCAGUUUUAUGAAUAAUUAUUAACAAAGAAGAGCUUCGCCCACGUGUACACAUGCAGCUGUGCUGAGCUCGUCUCUUGAUCCUGUCUGCAGUCCUGUCUAACAUUCUCUCGCUUCAACUACAUGAUAAGAAGCCAAAUGGUUUUGAAGGUUGGGCAGCACAACCGUUAAGGAAUACUUCAUUAGUCCAUAGUCUUUUUUAUGUUAAUUUUCAUUGACAAAGUGCCCACACUGGCAGCUGGACAAUACUGAAGUAGCAGGCCCACUAAAUGAUGGAGUCUUGACGUGCAAGGAAGAUAUGACGUCUUCUUUGUAGGAGUUAUUAGUGCCACAUUGUAUAUAGUAGUUUGUUAAUGGAUGCCAAAAGACCGUCCUGUUCCUUGAUAUCUGUGUCUACUAACUUCGUCUAAAGAAUUUAUUGGUUUUAUACUUUAAGACUAGUUGCAAAGCGACAGUUGUGUUGUACAGUAGCGCUUGUUUAUAAGGUACGCCAAAUUCUAUGAUUCUUCUGCCUGGAAGAAAUAAAAUGAGAAUUAAG